GUGUUUUUUUAUCAACUUGCGGUUAUCAUGUGCGGUCAGUGCGAACUUAUUUGAGCUUUACAUCCUUUGUUUAGGUAUCUUCGACGACGCGUACGCUUACGCCCGAAUAGUAGUAGUACCUCGUACUAUAAACAAGCAACCGUAGUAUUUAUAAUGGAUGGCGAAAGGAAAAUCCACAUGAGCGAAGGUGUCCCCUUGAACUCACCAGGUGCGGCUAACAUUUUUCUGAAUACUGGCAAAAAUACAAAAGUAAAUUCACCCGAAGGGACUGUCAUACAUCUCAACACAGAGAAACCGUCAGACCUCGGCGUGCAUAUAAAUACGACGUUCUCAAUAGCGUCUUCCAAGAAAAUAAAGCUUUUGUUCGUGUUGAAUUUUUUGUUAAGCGUUAUAUGUAUGGUAUUAAGUUGUUCGAUAGCGUUCUACUACUGGAAUGAAAUGAUAUCGAUGAGGAGACAGCUGGACCUGAUAAACGAUCAUUUUAUCUUACACAACUUGAACCAGGACAGAGGGGUACAGAGUGCACUGGUGGCCCGUCCAAGGCCGCCGGCUGACGGCGACGCGCGGGAGCCGAGAGCAAGGGCCUUUAAUGACGAUGACACUCAACAAACUGCAAAAAAAUUCUAUGUCGAAGAUCUAGGGGAAGACUUGUUGUUGAUAGACUCCAAGAAAAAAAAAUUAGGCAAAGGCAAUGUUCCAAUUUAUGACUUGACCAUCCUACAAAAAGAAUUAGUUGUGGCUCAAUUUAAUGGUGGUCAGAAAGAAGUUAACUUGGGAACCCAAUCAAUUAUGGGUCCCUGGAUACGCGAUGAGGAGGUGUCUUCGAAGAACAGCGUUGACAAGUUCGAGCUGACGAACAAUUACGUCACGAUUAAGGAAGGCGGCCUCUAUUUAAUUUAUGCUCAGGUGGUGUACCUAACACAAUCCCCGAACUGCUACUACAUAUGGGCGCGUCAAACGGGGAAGGAUCCCCGUCUACUAUCAACCUGCGCCACUGGAGACGACUCGAGCAACCGUCCGCUCAGCAAAUCUCAAAUGUCAUGCUCCGUGCAAACAGUAGCAAGACUAUACAAAGGAGACACAGUCAACAUUGCCCAGAGAGAACCCAACAGAACAGUGUGGCUUCGACCAGGGUACAGCUACUUCGGUUUCGUAAAACUUAGUUCCUAAUAGGCUGUGAAUUAGUAAGGUAAGGGUUAAGAAGGUAUUUCGAAUGGAGCCCCGACUCCAUGAGUCAAGUGAUGUUACGCAAACAGUUACACAGAGUAAUAGCGGUGAUUUUAAUAGGGUCAGUACUGUGACAGUGAUUUUUUAAUGUACG